GUCAUGCCACGCGCUUGCGUUGGUUUUCUGCGCCCUUACUGCGCCUGACUGAAAGGCACCAUAUUUAAAAGUGGUAAAGCGGCGGGCUUUUAAGUGGAAAAAGUGUUUUAUCAGCGUAGGUCCCUAGGAGCCAGAAGAGGAAGAGAAAAAAGGGAAUUUAAUUAGCAUUACGAGUUUUCAGAAGAUUGAGGACUGAGGGUACUAGGGCUGCCUGAAUCUGAAGAAUGGCUGAUAAUUUAGAUCAGUUUAUUGAAGAUCAAAAGGCUAAACUGACAAAAGACAAAGCUGAGUUGGAAAAAGACCCUCCUUAUAUGGAUAUAAAGAGCAAUGCUGUAGAAAAGCUUUCAGAAAACAGCAAAAUAUUAGUCUCCAUGGCCAAAGAAAACAUACCACCAAACCGUCAAGAGAACAGAGGUUCUUUAGGGAUUGAUUAUGGAUUGAGUUUACCACUUGGUGAAGAAUAUGAAAGGAAGAAACAUAAGCUAAAGGAAGAACUUCGACAAGAUUACAGACGGUAUCUUACUCAGAAAAACUUUGUGACAACGAGUGAAAUAGAUCCAUCUAGUCUGGGAGUAUCUCUUCCUAUUGGUGAGAGGUUAUCUGUCAAGGAGAGAUUGAAACUUGAAAGAAAUAAAGAGUACAAUCAGUUUCUCAGGGACAAGGAAGAAUGGAAUGAAAAGUUCAGAGAAGUAGAGAAGAAAAAUCCAGAGCCUGAAAGUGAAGGAAAUAAAACCACUAUCAGUAAAGUUAAGUCUGAUUUACAUUCGCAAAUACAGCCAUCAAACAAAAAUCCAGAAGCCCCCCGAAAAGAUGUUUCAUUGCUUCCAGAGACCUAUGAAGAGCUAUUAACUCAGAGACGAAUGGAGGAGGACAGAUAUCGAAGGCUGGAUGAUGAAAUUGAGUUAAGGGAUGCCAAACCGCAUAAAAAAUCUAAUGAAGCAGACAUUUCCGAUAGAAAACACCAUGAGAUUGCCAACAAAGUUGAUGUUCCUGGUAGAAGAUACCAUAGCUUUAAAGAAGAUAAAAAUUUUGACAAACAAUAUUAUAGACCAAGCUGUGGUCCUGAAAGAAGUGAAGAAGUGGACCCAACGUUUAGAUAUGAAAGUGAUUUUGAUAGAAGACCGUUGAGGGUGUUUACAACGGACAGGAUGUACAGAAACAGACGAGAGAGAGUUCCUCCUAUGGAAUAUGAGGAAGAUUUUCCAGAAAAAUCAAAUAUACGUGUUUCAUCGGCUGGAAAUAACAGUGUGCCCAAUAGCCAUCUUGCUGAUGAACGAUCAAAGUCUGCCGCUGUUAAAAUUGAGAAUCCUUUUACAGGAAUGAUUUUUGCAAGUCAAGAUCGAGAUACUGUCCGGAGAAGGAAAGAAAAAUACAGACAAGAACUGUUGGAACAAAUAGCUCAGCAGCAGAAGAAUAAAAGAAGAGAAAAAGAACUAGAACUCAGUGUUGCAGCUACUGGAGAAAUUGACCCUGAGAAAUCGCGGAAUGGAUUACUAACGUCAUUGCAGCUAAGUAAAAAGGAGCCUGAUAGACUAAAGCAGUUAGGUAUGAGCCCAAGAUGUUAUGAAAAGAAGUUUUCACUUUUGGAAGAGAAGAUUCCACCGGAAAGGCCCAAAGUAGCUUUCCAGACACCUCUUCCCACCUUAUCUGACCUGCCUAGGCCAUCUUUAAGUGAAGACUUUAACCAAGGGAUCAACACUACCCUUGGUGAAAUGAUGUCAUCCAGGUGCUUGUUUAUAAUGUUUUUCUUUUUAGGAAUUAGGAUUACAUCACUACCUCCACCCCUAGCCCCUCCACCUGCACCGUCUUUGCUCAACUAUCGAACUCCUUAUGAUGAAGCAUAUUAUUUUUAUGGGGCCAGGAAUCCUUUGGAUCCCAGUCUUGUAUAUUAUAACCCAGGAAUGAUGGGAAUACCUCCACCAACCUUUGCUAGUGCCCCUGAUGCUUGUGAACCAGUGGGACCCAUUAUGAACAAAAAUAUUUUGAAUGAACUGAGCACUGUGAGUGAUAGGACAAGAACAGGAGGACUCAUUUUUGAAGAUAAACCAAGGGCUACCAAGGAAUCAGUUCAAUCUUAUCAAUAUGAUUUGCAGCAACAGAUACGGGAAAGAGAAGCAAGACGGAGGAAAGAGCGAGAGGAAAAAGAAGAAUAUGAAGCUAAACUUGAAGCUGAAAUGAGAAGUUACAAUCCCUGGGGAAAAGGUGGAGGGGGUGCUCCACUCAGAGAUGCCAGAGGAAACCUGAUAACUGAUUUGAAUAGGAUGCACAGACAAAAUAUAGAUGCCUACCAUAAUCCAGAUGCAAGAGCACAUGAAGAUAAAAGGGCUGUUGUCUCUCUAGACCAAAAUUUAGCCACUGCAAAUGCUGAGAACCCAGAAGAUCCUGCAAAUACAAAUUCAGGUCAAAUAGGUACACAGAGCUCUCCUUUUGCCCGGGGAAACAUUUUUGGUGAGCCGCUAACUGAGCUUCAGAUUAAACAGCAAGAAGCUUACAAGAAUUAUCUUCGUUUUCAGAUUGAAGAAAAAAAACAAAGGGAGGAAGCAGAGCGAGAGAGGCAGAGACGUGAAGAAGAGAAAGAAGAAAAACGUCUAGCAGAACAGAGGGCCAGAAUUCAACAAGAAUAUGAAGAGGAACAAGAAAAGAAAAGGGAGAAAGAGGAGGAGCAAAGACUAAAAAAUGAAGAGUUGAUACGGUUAGCUGAAGAAAGACGAAAAGAGGCAGAAAGGAAGAAGAAAGAAGAGGAAAAAAAACAUGAUUUACAACUUCAACACUAUUAUGAGCGAAAAAAAACAGUUGAAGAACAGACCACAAGGAAAUCCAGAUCACCUUCUCCUGCAGUUCCUGCUGUUCAGAACAGAAUCAAAGGCAAAGUCCAUAGACCUCCUUCAGUUGCAUCUACCGUGAUUCAUGAUCGCCCACGGUCCAGAGUGCAGUCUCCUCCAGUACCUGCUAGGAAAAACCAGCUUCGUGCAGAUGAGGAGAAAAAAAAUGUAAUUAAUGAAUUAUCAGAAAUGAGGAAACAGCUUCGAAGUGAAGAGCGGCGUCUUCAAGGAAAAUUGCUACAGGUGGAUGGUGAUGAUGAAAGAAGCACCAGGAAGAGGGAGAAGUAUCCCAUGGAUAUAUUUGAUAUGGCCAGGUUUCGGGUGCAAGCUCCAGUCAGAAGACCUUCUUCCAAAGGUCUAGAUCCUACUGCUCAGAAUAUUCGUGACUUUAAUUUUCUUAAAGACACAGAUUCAGAAACACGAGUUGAUUUGAGAUAUAUGUACCCUGAGUCUCCAAAAGAUGAUCAAACCUUGGAGAUCCAGCAGCAGGCAUUGCUGAGAGAGCAGCAGAAGAGGCUGAAUAGACUUCGAAUGAGAGAAGAUGCAGAAGUUGACCUUGAUGCAAGUGCUGGCAUUAACUUACGAGAUACUAGAAUGCCUAGAAAUGAAACUAGGGAUUUCCUGAAAAAUUCUCUUUUGGAAUCUGAGAGUGCUUUUAUUGGGACGAAUGGAGAGAGGUAUUCUCCCUUAGAAAAUGAUGCGUUACCUUCACAGAGAUUACUGUCUGCAAGGGAGCGGAGAAGGAACCAGAUUAAAGGCCUGGAAUCUGUUGAUAAUUUUCAUCCUACUGUGCAACCUGAUGGUUUCUCCUUAAAGUCAGUAUCCAGUGUAAAUGUUGACCAGCUUAGAAUUAGAAAUGAAGAACGGAUGCGAAGACUAAAUGAGCCUCAAAAAAAACCUAUCGAUACAGAUGAUGAAAUUUCUCUGGUUGAUCCAGAUGACAUUCUUAAGCACUUUACACCCCGUGGUGGUGAAAGAAGACCCAGUUCUGUAGAAACUGUAGCCACAGAGCCUUGGCUCCGACCGGGAACAUCAGAGACUCUGAAAAGAUUCGUGGUUGAGCAGUUGAACCGAGAGCAGCGUUCCUCUGAAAAUCCAUUACCUUUUAACUGGCAGGGCCUUUCUACAGCACAUGGUUAAAAAUAAAUGUAGACUGGAACCAGUUGUGCCUUUCAAGGUAAAAGGAUUAAUCUACUGAACUUUUUGUAAUCUAGGCCUUAUUCCCCACCCCUAAAUUCCCCCCCCCCCAUGUGGAUGGACAAUUUUUAACCUGUAAAAUACCAUACUAAAUGUGUACAUAUAUAUUUUUUUUCCAUAUUUUGUUGCUUUCAUGUGUUCCAUGAAAUUGUACAGGAUGUAUGUUGUUUUUUUUAAAGCCACCAUUACUGUUAGUUACAUAAUGCAUAAAGUAUGGAAUUAUUUUUCACACAUUUUGCCAUAAAUUACAGUAGUAAUGAAAAGUUCUUGAAACUGACUACCGUAUGUGCAUUAUCUUUAUUCUGCCUGUUACUAGGAUGAAGUGAAUAAAAUUUUAAAGUGUCUUAAUAUAUGUAAAACUUGAAGACCCUUUGGUCGUGUGUCUAUAAAUGCACAACUUUGCCAGUGUCAUCAAUAUUCAGAAUCAUCUUUUAGCAAAUAUUCCAGCAUGCUGUGGUAGCUUUGAACAUUUCCCUUAACAGCUACUAUUAUUUAAAUAUGGAAGCAAAGAUGCUGUUUAGUUCUACAUCAUUUUAUAGCUGCUGACUCAUUUUGUAAGUAAAUGAUGGGGGCCAUAAUUGAUUUUGAUUUUAUUCCAAUCAAUCAGUUGUGUACUAAAAUGAGAAUUACAUCUUUCUUCUGCCUCUGUUGUAUUUUUGGUGCCAAUGAAGGCAUUGUUUUCAGUUAAUGUCUAA